AAAAGAAGGUUGAAAAAGAACUACGUACGUUUUGCUGGUUAGCUAGCUAAUGCAUGCUUUUUUAUAAUAACCGAACUGUGUAGUUGAAUCAUGAAUCGCAUGAUCAACCUAUCUCUUCCAAUUAGGUGAGCAUUGUGUUCGGCGUUGAAGCUUUCCGUCUCAACUACUCAAACUCAUGGUGACGGUGCCAUUCAUGCUUCCUCACACUCACGUAAAAUCCCUUGAAUUUGGCAUAUACUAAGCAUUGGUUCACUGUAUACUACUCAAACUCAUGCAGAGAAAGAAGAAGAGGGGAAUUCACAUCGGAGAGAGAGAGAGAGUGAUCAGAUUCCCUGAAGAAUAAAUCUGAUCCCCUCAUAGAGAGAGAGAUACAGAGAGAGAUAUCCGCUGGAUACGACAAUGUCAAGGAAGAGUUGUAACUCACAGCUUAUGUAGAAAGGAGACAUCAUUUUCUGGGGUUAAGGUUCCGACAGAACCCACAGCAUGAUGUCGAAAAAGGUGAUCAUUAACAUCCCCAGAAGUAGCAGUUCUUUGAAUUCUAAUGGGGAAGAAGACAACUUCCCUGAUAAGGUCAAGGGAGCGUGAGAUAAGGGCUGCUGAGGAAAGAUUAUUGGAGAAAGAUAUACCUAGGACUGAUGAGGAAUUUGAGAAACUAGUUAGAAGUUCUCCAAAUAGCAGUUAUGUUUGGAUAAAAUAUAUGGAAUUUGUGCUCUCUAUGGCUGAUGUUGAGAAGGCACGCUCUAUUGCUAAAAGGGCUUUGGAAACAAUAAACUUUCGAGAAGAGAACAAGAAGCUCAAUGUUUGGGUGGCUUAUUUUAAUUUGGAAAUCAAAUAUGGAAGUCCUCCAGAGGUAAUAAAAAUACUAAAAAUGUUGUAGUAUAUAUGAUUAUUGUUGUCAUUGUUUAUAUGUCUAUUUCAUGUAUAGGAUAUAUACUUGAGUAUAAAGAGAGGUGCUUAAGUGUAAAGAUAGGUAUAGUGACCUAAAUGAUAAGCUUUAUGCCAAAGAGGAACAAGCAUGGUUAUCUCCAUCAUCACAGCCACAAUGCCACAAUGUAAAGCUAGAAAUGGAGUUGUCAUCAAAGUUGUAUCAUUCUUUAAGCAUCUCACACCUCAAAUGUAUUCCUAUAAAUACCUCCUUGUAUGAGAUGAAUAAACACACUUGAAUCUCUAUUCCCUCUCUCUCUCUGUCAAUUUUGCUUGUCCUUAAA